CACGCAUAUUUGUCGGCGGCGGCGUGUUUUGUUGUAGCACCGCACCGCGGCAGUGCGCGACCGACAUCGGUGCGUUCAGGUCGUCCCGGUGCCCGUCCGCCCUCGUCAGUGUGGUGCCUGUACGUGCGGUUCGAUUUACUUCGGUUCCGAAUACAUUUUUUUUUGUCCGGCCCUCCGCCCAGUCAAGACACUCGGCCGUGCCACGUGCACCGUCCACCGUCCGGCCGGGCCAGUCACGCGGCGUCGCGCGUCCAAUCCGUAGCAGAUCACAUCCGGUCCGGAGCGGCUGCCCCACGUAGCUAACGGCCACGGUAGUCCGUUCGACUGUUCUUCGCCCACCGCCGGACGCACACACGAGAAGCAGUUUCGUCAAGUGGCGACCGCCGCCGCGCCUCGGCGAUGAACUUGAGAAAGCAACAGAUGCAUCUGCAGCUGCAGCAGCAACACCAGCAGCAGCAGCAGCAGCAGCCGCACAGGCGCCAGGACAACCGAACCGGCUUCGAAGUGCUGUUGGAUCAACCGGCGGCGGCGCGGGCGACCGCGGAGACGUCGUCGUCGGCCGGCGUCAGUGCCGGUACCGCGUGGUCGCCGAACGUCGGUGCCGCGUGGUCGCCGGGCGGCGGUACCGCGUGGUCGCCAUCAGCCGACACCACCGCGGGCCGCUACCGUAACCAUCACGUCCACUACCAUCAACACGACCGACCGAACGGUUCGGCGGCGGAACCCGAGAACGGUUGGCCCGGCAAACCGACCGACGCCGCUACGCCGAACGACAUUGGUUUCGUCGACGGCGACGGCGGCAUCUCGCCGACCGCAACGGCCGCGGCCACUUCGCCUCCGCCACCGUCACCGUUGUCCUUGCCCAGUCCGUACUACGACCGCAAUCCGAUCGUCGGGUUCCCGCUGCACAAUCACCACCAUCAACAUCACCACUCGUCCAAAUCACCGGUGACCGCCGCCGCCGCCGCCGCCGCACCGUUGGCUAACGUGCAGAACGUGGUACACGCGGGCGCCGAUCAAGAUCACCACGAUCACUACGCGAACAAUUCGAAAUACUACUAUCAACGACAAAACCACAAAUCUGGUGGCUUAAUGGAUGAACGGGACGAUGAUAAGGAAAAUAUCAAGCAAAGAGACGCAGAAAGUCUACAGCAGCAGUUGGAUGAGGUGUUGAGAGCGUGUGUGGAUUAUGAGGAACGUAACAAAAAUCGGCAACUUCAGCCGGCAACGAUGUCGUUAGAAAGUUCGGGUAGCGCGUCACCCGGAUCUGCGACCACCACAACACCACCACAACAGAACAGGAUCAAAACAAACGGUUCACUUCCACGGGACACUUGCAAAAAAACCAGUAAUGGCACCUCUUCUCCGACCGCGACACUGUCACCGACGUCACCGCUAUCGCAGCUAUCCGUGGCACCAUUAUCACCGUCGUCCAUGACGUGGACCAGCACAUCGCCUCCUACACUAUCGCCUUUGUCAAUACACGCGAACGGGACCGAUAUUGACUCGGUGUUUUUGGAAAACGACCAUUAUAUGGUUAAGCAGCAGUCGACACAGAAAGUGGCCACUUGCGGCAGUCCCAGAACUAGAAUAAGGACGCUCGUACAACCGUCACCAGCAACUGUCACGACAAACAUCACCGCAGAUUCGUUUUACGGCAGUAAUAAGAACUACGACUAUCAGCUAAAUCGCAAACAACAUAACGGUGAUGACAAAAGCGAUGAUAAUGGCUUAAACGUUCAUACUCCAAACGGUUACUUGUCACCCGCGUCUUUGCAGUCGUCUUUUCAAUCGCCAUCCCAACCGUCGUGGCAAACAACGACCACGUGGCUGCGUUCGUCUCCGUUCAAUACAGCGGAUUCCACGGAUGGUGGUGCGACCACGACCGCGGCAACGGUAUCCGGUUCCGAUGCGGAUAGGGCAGCCGAACAACGUCGGAAGCUGCUGGUCGAGUUGUCGGCGCACAAGUCUCGGCUAGUGGAAUUGCACUUGCGUCGCGAAGAAGUCGACAGAGAGCUGAUCAUCGAGACAGCGUUGUUGCGCGCCGAACUUGACGUUGCGGACGACGAGACACGUCAAUCGGACAAUAUAGUUAACGGACUGGACCGCGCUGUGAGUGAUUGUCGACAGCAAAUGGACUUGUGCACGGUCAAACAGCAGGAACAGAGGAUGGCCGCAGAGUUGCAACUAGCGACUUACCGGCGAGCACUUCAGGGAUUGCGGAACCGGUUGGAAACGGCCGGCGACGACGAUGGGCUGAAGAACGAAUUACGAACUUCCAUUGAUAAACAGACUGAACUUUUGGAAACUGAACAAAAAUUGUACGAAGACGUUGAAUUUGGAUUACUGGAAGAGGAGGCUGGGUGGCUGGCCCGUAGGGAAGAAUUGCACAGGGACCGAGCGGCGGCUGUGGCUAUUAGACGAGCUCGACGAGCACGCGCCGAAUGGUUACGGGCUCAGAUGGACCAGCUUCGAAGCGUGGGCGAGGACCAGAUUCGAGCUCUACGAACCGAUAUAAACACUGCAACAUUAUCCAUCCAACAGGGUCACAAGAAACUGCAAGAUUUGGAUACCGCUGCCGGCAGCACGACUGAUACCGGUCAUCACGAUGUGCAAGACCAGUACCGCCGUCACCGAUUUCUAUACAACUCGACAACAUCGACUAAUGACCAGCAACAGUCGCCCAAGUCAUUGGAAUGGCCGUGGGAUCAACAAUUGAAGUCGCCUGCGUCCCCGCCUCCGUCGUCGCUGUCGUCGUGGGACCAACAGUCCAAAUCGUCCGCGUCCCCAUGGUCUCCCGCUUCUGCCACGGUAACCGGAAACCCUUUGCAGUCGGUCGGGGAUUCCAUGGUUGCAAACAACAACGGCCUGAUGUCCAGCAGCGUGACGACAACCUGUUGUAGCAGCAUCGGUAGCGAGGACGAGUGCAGUAGACCGAUAUCUGAAGAUUCAACCUCACGAAUGUCAAUGUCCACGGUUUUCGACGGUGGGACUACGAUAAAACUACGUCCGAAAAACAAAUCGUCUCCGUCAGACAUAACUAAGAGACCGUUGACCAGAUAUCUUCCGGUCAGGUACGACAGUAAUGAUGCAAUCGAAAACCGUAUGGCGUUCGAUCUUCGUGCGCAUAUUGAAUCUGCGGGUCAUCAACUGGACGACGACGGCGACGGAGCGGAUAACCGUGGCAAUUCUGGUCGACACUUCUGGAUAGACAGUUCAUCAUGUCGUGGUUAUUUGAAGAAGCUCUCUGGUGCAGGUAGUAAAGGUUCGCGCCGUAGCGGACGUAAAUGGUUGAAGAGAUGGUUCGUGUUUGACCGGCGUACGAGGACCCUGUGCUAUUAUCAUCACAGGUCCGACGAAGAUGUCACUGCUUCCGCCAGUACCGCUAACCUGACUGAGAAGAAAACCCGAACCCGUCCUAGGGCUACGAUCCGUUUUCAGGACAUACAGGAGGUGUACGUCGACCACACGAACACUAGCAAGGGACAGGGGUGUGCGUUCGUGGUGAAGACCGCCCAGAGGACGUUCUACCUUUCGGCGGCGACGGGUCAGGCGGUUCGCGUAUGGGUGGACGUCAUAUUCACUGGCGCCGAAGGCUAUCGGGAGUACCUGAAAGGGUCGACGAGCGACGGCAAUGACAACGGUCGCCGGGCUCAACAAACAAAAUCCUAACUCGUAGCCCCGUAUCGCGGUGGUUGCACUAUUAUUACUUUUUUUCUACUAUAUUAUGUUAUAACAGCUAACCGCCGUAUAUUUUUUUUCAACAAAUACAGUUGUACCCGUUACUAUUUAAAAAAUACUCUUGUGUAUUAUUGUUUAUUUGAAACGUCUCUGGCUACAACUACGAUUAGUUCGGUUAGUCUUAGAAAACCGGUUUUUGAACAUUUUUGUUGCGAGGCAAAUUCGACGUUUAAUCGCAAGUUGACCAUAAUUGAAGGCCGUUUGAAAACAAUGGUUAGAUAAAAUUAUAGAAAAUAAUUUAUUGAUUUACGCGUGAAAGUGUGAAAAACUAACCACGUAGUAUGCCUCUAGAAUGAAAUUGUACGUCCUGUUUUUGUUAGUAUUUUCAAUAAAAGUUCUUUCUCGAAUUAA